AAAAGUCAAACCGAACGUAUCCAGAGGCCUCUUACGAACUGCGGUCUUCAUCAUGAUAUUUCGAUUGAGCUUUUUUUGGAGAAUACUGCCAAUUGUUUUGGGAUGUGCGGCAUGGUCUUCAGCUGCAAAACUGAAAACCGUUUACGAAUGGAAGUACAUCGACUACGUCUGGAACGAUAACGUACAAAAGCAGAACGCGAUCAAAAACGGACAGUAUAAUCACACCAAAAUUAUUCCAAUUGAUUUCCAGAAAAUCUCAGGGGGUCGAGUUUUGGUAACAACCCCAAGAUUGUUCAACAACCCCGCGAGUUUGUCAACGGUUUCAAAGCAGGCUGGCGAUGGUGGUCCAUUGCUUGAACCCUACCCCAAUUGGGAUUGGCACACGUCAACGGAUUGCACCGGUAUUACCAGUGUUAACAGGAUUUUUUUAGACGAAUGCAAUAGGCUGUGGAUCGUCGACUCGGGGAAAAUAGGAAACGUACAGACAUGCCCUGCUCAGAUAAUCGCGUUUAAUCCCGAAACUGACGACGUCCUGCAGCGUGUAAUAAUUCCGGAUGAAUUGACGCAUAGUUCCGUGAAUAUGAAUAACGGACGACUUGAGAUACAAGCCGUGGAGACGUACGGAGACUCGUGUAGCACUACUUGGGUGUACAUCGGGGACCCAGAAGGAUACGGUCUUGUUAUUUGGAACGGUUCCACCAUAUGGCGGCUGGAAGACGACAACGUUUACGCUCCGGAUCCAGAAGCAACAAUCUUCUCCGUGGACGGUGAGAAUGUGACUCUCGAACUCGGUGUUUCCAGCCUCGUGAUACCACCUCCUGGAUUCAUUGAGGAAGGGUACCUUCUCUUCAAACCCUUGGCUUCAAGGAUGGGAUAUGCCGCCACGCUCGACGAUUUGCACAACUCCAAUACAGCUGGAAACACUGUGACAUAUUAUCGAUCUAACUUUACAAUCCCUAGCCAGGAACUUGCCAGAGUUUAUUCCAAGUUUGGAGUCUUAAUCGGCGGAUUUGCCACACAACUAGUCGUCGCCUGCUGGAAUAUACAAUAUCCAUUGACAUCAGAAUCCGUGGGUACGAUACUCGAAGACGACAAUGCCCUGCAAUUCACCAGUGCCGCCAAGAUUACCAAUGGAUGUAGGGACGAGUUUGAGUACGAGCACUACUGGCUGCUGACUAAUCGAUUGCAAGAAUUCGUUCUGGGUAUCAUGGACUUCAAUGAAGUCAAUUAUAGAAUUCUGGGUGCUAACCUUGCCGCUCUUGUUCGUGGCACAGUUUGUGAGCCUGAGCCACACACCGUCUCCCCCAGCAUUGAGGAUAAUUUUUUUUUCGAAUUUGAAACUGUAACCGUCGUUUCUUCAGCAAUCACCGCAUCAGAAUAUCUUAAUUAGUCACUACAUUUUCUGUCAGUUUUAUCUAUCGUGUAAUUUUUUAAUAAAGAACUAUUAUACGAAUAUUCAUUGUAAGAAAUUGGCGGUGUUAAAAUUGGGGAAAAGUGGCCGGUGUGGACUACCAUAGAACAAUUUUCGUCGUCAAUUCAGAGCUUGAACGACAGAUAGCGAGUUCAGUGAAAACAACUUCAGAGUCUUCAACGCUUCUGCCAACGUCCCCGUCAAGGACUGCAAAUUUUAGUCACCCUGAUUCCGGAACUAUCCUUUUAGAAAUCUUAGAAUUAUGCCCAUAUCAUUUCUAUCGUCACACUUACUUAGUUUGUGUUCAUAUCACAUCCAAUCAAUUUUUAGCAUUCAGUAAUUCGUAAGUAACAGAAUUCGAAUUAUCGCCCUGGCUGAAAAGUUUUACUUUCCGCGUUGUCUUAUCGAGCAGCUCUCAAAUUUGAGUGACGAAAAAAAUAGAUUUUGUGUGUUUUAUUGUAAAAAGUCAUGCGGUUGUCAAAUGGCUUAACAAACAAUGUAACAACCUUCUUUCCCUUUAUCGUAAGCACGAGUCCUGAAUAUCGAUCGUAGGUAAAAAAUUAUCACCAAAAUUA